CAUAACGUUCAGGGCUUAUGAUUAUUACUUUCUACGCAGAAUUUUAAAAAUAAUUCAAACAUUUUUUUUAUUACCUACUGUAAUUAACUCACUCAUUAGAUACUCAUUAGGUAUUAUAUCAUAAAAAUAUAUGACAAGUACACAACACUCAAACUUGAAUACAUCUAUCAAUAUGAGCAGCUCAAAUUCAGCAAGAGAUACAGUGUUACAACUAAGUGUGGGAAAAUUGAACGGUGGUCAGAAAAAACAUCACAAUUAUAAAUCGAUCAUUGUACGAUGGUUCAGGAGAUUAAAACACUUAUCAAUUACAAGGAAAAUCAUUUAUUUCGUGAUCAUUGUGAUGUGUUGUUUAAUAUUAUACCAUUUAUACCUAAUAUAUUAUAACCGAAUGCAACAAUACAAGACCGUCAAAUCCUUAAACAACUCACCAUUUAAAGACGAUAAAAAUUACGACGAAUUUGAAAAAGAUCAAAAAUUUUAUCUUGAUGCAAUGCGAAGAAAAAGGCAACUAAACACUUAAUGAAAAUUCAAGUUUUCUUAUGGUAGUUAAAUUGGCUAGUACGACAUAUGUUCUUAUUAUACAAAUGAUAUAUUAUUCAUAAUAAACAUGUAUUUUAAAUUUUUGAUUAAAAAUGUACUAGUAAUUGGAUAA